CAAUACUAAUAUAAAACACAUAAUUAGUCAAGGGGUUAAGUAUUUUUAGACAUUUUGGCAAAAUAAAUUGAAGUUAAAUCCAUUUUUAGACCAAAAAUUAAAAGAAAAGGUCUAGUAAUGACCGCGUUCCCUUUUUUUGACUUGGACGUAGACCGUGAUAAUUUCCGGUCCAUUGUCCAUAUAAAUUCUACACCGUACGUACUUUUGAAUUUCAUUGGUUAUCCAGGUUUGUAAAGAUGCAGAAAUUACAAUCAAGUUUUGCUGUAAAAGCUUUUGUAAUAAUCUUAUUUUUACUAGCCAACUUUGCACCAGAUUUUACACUAGCUAGAUCUACCAACGUAAUUGGCUUGCAAGAAGCAACUCCGCCGCCACCACCUCCAGGUCCACCACCACCAGAAUUUACACUACAUACUAACGUUGGCUCGCAAGAAGCAUCACCAUGGUUCUCUUCCACCUAUUACAAGGUAAGUUAUGGUAACAUACUAGCAGAGGAGAGACCAAGAAAUAGAAGAACAAGACCAGUAACUCCGCCACCACCGACACAGGCUGUUGCGAAUCGUCAAAUCUUGCCACCAACAACAUUUGUACCUUCACCACUUCCGCCUCCACCUCUACCUCCAACAUAGAAGAAACGGGGAAUGCCACCCCCUCCUUUUUCCUACUAACUACGUCAUCUUUUAACUGAUCUGAUCUGAUCUGAUCUGAUCAAGAGAAGUUAAUGGGUUUAAUUUAAUUUAUUGCUUUGGCACAAUCACAUAUUCACAUGUUUACAUAGAUUACAAUUGAGAUAUUGACGUCCAAUUAUUCUAGCAUUGUAUACUACGUAGUACUUCUUCCGUUCUUAUUUACAUGACGCAAUUGGGUUUAUGACACUAUUCACACAAGCUCAUUUGACUUCCUUUUGUGAUUUAUACUUAAGAAAAAACAUAGUCGUGUAGGAUCUUAUUCGAUUCGU